AUGGUGUUGGACUUCAUCAAAAACAAAUUCAAAAAAGACCAAGCUGUUCAGCAAGUCAGUUCCAUCAACGGAAACGACCAAUUGGAAAAAAAAAAAUCAAAUUUCAUCGAUGAUUCAAGAGCUUUUAUUGACUUAUCUGUCGACCUAACCGCUGAAGAAAUUGCAAGACGUCAACACUGGUGGUUCAAAACUAAAAUCUUCUUGUGGGAUUCUGCUGAUAAACAUCCUUCUGAAAGAUUGUUUUUAUUCAAAUUGGAUUUCUUUCUAUUAAGUUCGGCCAUGUUGGGUUAUUUCAUUAAAAAUUUAAACCAAAACAACAUUGCAACUGCUUACGUUAAUGGUAUGAAUGAAUACUACAACAUGAACAACAACCAAUAUAAUGUCAUGCUAUCGCUUUGGACUGCUGGUUAUAUUAUUGGUCAAAUUCCUUCAAAUCUAAUUUUGCAUAGAAUCUCGGCUAGAUAUUACUUGGGUGGUUUAGAAUUCAUUUGGGCUCUUAUUACUAUCGUCCAAGCUACUUGUAAAAACCUACCACAGAUGUAUGCUGCUCGUUUUUUCCUAGGUCUCACUGAAGCUGGUUUCUUCCCAGGUAUGGAAUAUCUUAUCGGUUCAUGGUAUUCACCAUCAGAAUUAAGUAAAAGAUCUUCAUUGUUUGCACUUUCCGGUGUUGCUGCUUCAAUGGUCUCGGGUCCUUUACAACAAGCUGUUUUAACUGGUGUCGCUAAAAAAUACAAGAAAUACGAAGCUUUUCAAUGGUUAUUCAUUGUGGAUGCCAUUAUUUCUUUUCCCAUUGCUUUCUACACAAUGAUGGUUGAUCCAAAUACCCCAUCUACUACAACUGCCAUGUAUUUCUCUGAAAAGGAUAAAUUAAUCGCCAAAGAAAGAAGAAGAAGAAUUGGAGCCCAAUUAAACACUAGACAAAAGUAUACCUGGAAAAAAAUAAAAUCCUUUUUCAAUACCUGGCAUAUCUGGGUUUUUCCAGUCUUAUUCUUGUUUUAUAACAACAGUUGUGCUGCAAUCGGUCAACCAACAUUUACUACCUGGAUGAAAUACGAUUUGGGAUUACCCCCAUCAAAAUAUAAUAUCUAUCCUACUGCCUUAUACGGUACUGGUAUGGGUUUCACCAUUUGUAUUGCUUAUGUGUCUGAUUAUUUCAAGAAUAGACUCAAUGUUUUCUUUAUAGAAGCAUUUUUUGUAUCCUUAUUGGUUGGUUGCGCUUUAUUGGCUCAUUGGGAUAUUCCAAUUGGAUUGCACUGGUUCUGUUAUUUCUUGGUUGGUGUUCCUACUUCAUGGGGUCAACCUCAAAUCUUCUCAUGGGUUAAUAGAUUGUUGAGAUAUGAUGAUAUGAAAAGAAAUUUUGUUGUUGUUUGCACAAAUACAUUGGCUUACCUUACCAAUUCAUGGGUCCCACAAAUCGUUUGGAAUACAAAAUACAAACCACAGUACUUUGCUGGUUUCACUUACACGUCAGUUCUUUGUUCUCUAGGUAUUAUUACUACUCUCAUUGCUGCUUACUUUACCCACAGAGACGAAAAACUUGGUAUCUACUACGACGAUUUGGUUCCUGAUGAAACUACUCCUUCUGUCGAAGAAGUUGAUACAAAGGAUAACUCUUUAAAUAAGUCUAAAGAAAAUAUUGCUUGA